AUGAGCAAAAUCUUCACCGAAGAUUCAAACGAUCAGGCUGCGGGAACCUUCAAAGGAUGCGAAUCCAAAUGUCAGCCGGACAGCUGCUUGUCUUGGGUGGUGUGUGCUGCAUCAACGAUGUCGAUAGCCAUCACUGCUGCUAUAUCGUACAGCUUUGGGUUAUUGCUCCCCCCUUUGACGGAGAGCUUUGAGGAAACGCGACAAGCCAUAGGUAAAAUGACUUACAAAACCUCGCUCUUUUUUUAUUCAAAGACGUAGAAUUCGUUGUUGAAUUAAAGCUCGUCUUCCUUGCAGCCAUGAGAGCAGUUCUGGACGAAGUUUUCUUUCUAUCUAAGGAGCAUUGUUAUUUUCUUAGAUCUGGUGUGUUCUAUUCAGUACGUACCGAAUAAUUUACAUUCCGAGUUUCAAACCGUCUCACCAUAAACAGUGAAGGGUGAUUUGGCGUAAUUCAUCAGUUAUUCCAUUACUGGGCGUUGGAUAUGCGAUGGUAAAUGGCCAACGAGGUGCGUAGCGCCGAACUGAGUACAACUAAUCUCGAAUCAACAAGCGCGAAUGGAAUGAUUGUUUUAUUAUCAAAUUUCUAUUAAAUCCUGAACGCUUGGAUAUUUGGAGCUCUUUUUCAGCAUCACAACAGUUGGCGCAAUGCAUUUCCAUAGAAGGUGACUUGGAAUAUGAGCUGAUAACUGAUAACUGGAGUGAACCAAUCAAAAAACUAGAACUAUAAUAUUCGGAGUCGAAAACUGUUUCGGUUUGGGAAGAAGAAAAAACUUACCCUAUCGAAGUAUUUGUCUCACCUCUCUAUAUAUAAUAGCCUGUGCUCCGUAGCCCUCUAAUAAAUUUUGCCCCCAUGCUGGCAUGUCUGCCUUUCGACAUUAUCGCCGACACAAGCGUCAAAUUCCUUGCGAACGGAUUUCUUACAAUUGAACUUAAGGUUCACUCUCAUGGCUAUGCUGGCUUCUUUAUCUCAUUAUUUGUUCAUUUGUUUCAUUUCCGUUACUCUGGUGGUCUUUGUCUUUAUUUAGUCCCCCAAAACAAUAAUCAUUUGGUUUAUGAGCGAGUCACCUCGCCGAAACAUCUCCCUAUUGGAUCGUAUAGUCUAGUCAUAAUAUAUGUGAAUCACCUUCAACACCAAAGACAAUUAAAAAAUGAAAUACAUUCAAAAAGAUACUUGAUAAUAACUCUUAAAAUGUAUUAAAAGCACUAUAUGGUGAGUUGGCAAAUUUUUAAUUCGAAGUUUUACAAUGCUAUCCACAAUUUCAUUUUCUCUCCAGCUUGGAUCGGUUCUUUGUACAUGGCGAGCGGUUGCAUCUUCAGCCCCGCAGGUUGCUUCAUCAGCGAUCGUUUUGGUCACAGGUUCACCGCCGUCAUGGGUUCGUUUCUCGGGGUAGUCGGGUUCUUUCUUGCCUCGUUUUCCUCAAAACUUUGGAUGAUGUACCUAACGUUUGGUGUUUUAUCAGGCAUUGGGCAUGUGAUGGUUUACAACUCCUGUUAUUUGAUGGUUCUUCUCUAUUUUGUCAAAUGGCGCUCGGUGGCUGUCGGUAUUGUUUCGUCGGCACCGGCCAUUGGAAUGUUCGUGACCACCCUGGUCACGCAGUUUGUAUUAGACAAGUGGGGAUGGCAAUGGACAAUAAAAGUGUUCGGUUUGCUAAAUUUGAUUUGUGGCUUGUGUUCAACUGUCUUUGUACCCCUCGAUAAUGGCCUCGACGAAAUCUCUUACAGCGAAUUUACGACUCGCAAGUCGAGGAAGAAAGAAGCUGCAAGUCAACGAAGCUCGCUUCUUGGGAACUAUCCAUUUGUAAUCAUAUCAACGUCACUAUCUGUGGUUCAUUUCAGCUAUUUCGUACCAAUCAUGCACAUAGUAAGUACACGUCUCCUUUUUAAGUUGAAAAAUUUUUUUAUGUCACUCUUCGGCUGACUGUUGUAAAAACCUAAACCAAAUUAAUCCCAGUUACAAAUUAGUACUCAGUGCGAGGUAACAGGAAGGAAAUUACCUGAGCGCGGGAAAACGCGGGCAAGGUGACAAGUGACCGACUGCUACGAGUUUUGCAUCUGAUUGGUUGAGAGGUUGGCGGGAGUUUUCUGAACCAAUAAUAUAUUGUAGCAUAGUAUAAACAAUGUGCUUAUUAUCAAAUAUCAGUUGAAAAUUGCUAUAGUAGUCGAAAAAUCAUGAAUUGAAAGCUUGUCACAUUGGUCCUUUCGCUCGUAUGAGAGACCGAGAAGGUUAUUCUACUUGCAACAUCUCGACAUCUUAAAGCAAAGAGGAAAGUGGAAAGAAAUUAAGGCAGUCAAAUAUGGGAAUAUUCGUUCGUUAAACACCAAAUGUCUAGAGAUCAAAUGGUCAGUUUUUAACCCACGGGGCGGCGCAACCUGAAACUUGAACUGAGGUUCCUUUGCCAGUUUUAGUCCGUAAUCGAUUUUUAUAUCAAAAAGCAUAAUAAGAAAUUUGUUAAAAAAACAGUCUUCAGUCCAACUCAUUAUUCCCGCACGAAGCGCGAUCCUGAUAAUGCGACUGGUGAUAAUAUCUCGUGAAUCUGUGUUCCCAACGUCUUUUGCAUCUUUUCCUUCUCCUUUGUUAUGACUUCAGGUAAAGCAUUGCAAACAAGAGCUUCGUAUACCUGGAAACAAAGCCUCCAUGCUGUAUACCUACAUGGGAAUAACUUCCUUCAUAAGCCGCCAUUUAUUUUGCAAGUUGGGAGACUUAAAGUAUCUGAACAGAUUCCAUCUGUAUCAAGGGGGUAUGACUAUAAGUGGGCUGUGUGUACUUUGCUUACCAUUGGCAAGAUCGUUUGGAUCGAUUGCAGCGAUUUUUACAGUUUUUGGACUGAUGGAUGGAGCAAUGAAUGGCCAAUGUGCCUUGCUGCUUUUGGAAUGCACAGGACGACGCCAAGUCAACCGAGCUUGGGGAUAUAUGAUGCUCUUUUCCGGUUUAAGCGUUGGCCUCGGUUCUCCCUUAGCUGGUGAGCUCCAUUGUUCUGGCUUUAAUCUUUGUUUGCCUGACUGAUAGAAAUUCAAACUUACUUCAGGAGUCCUAGCUUGUUUUACCUUCGAGAUAGGGGCAUUCCGAACUGAAAAUUCCGAAAUGAAUCUGAUAAGUCUUUUGACCAAGAUGAAACACCACGUCAGAACAGCCAUGAAAAAUUUUUCGCAAGAAUUUGACAAUGAUUAUUGCUGCAAUGUUUUUUAAUUUCAUCACGGUUGAGAACAAGAUCAUGCAUGCAUAAACCAAGCCUGCGCAUUUACUGCAUUCUCAGAACUUUUUUAAAUUUGUUUUAUCUCAAUGUAUCUGCUCAUUUCUAACAGGUCUGAUGGCAGACGAGCUCGGCUCGUACAUCACCCCAUUUUACACGGCAGGGGCAAUACAAAUCGCAGGGGCGUCGGUCACUUCAUUGAUGACUUGCGUUAAACGAGGAUUACCAGAAGAGGCCGAAACACAAGCAUCCAUUGACGAAGAACUUUUGGUUACAGAAAAGCUUACAGUCGUUUAG